UAUGUUAUGUUACUUAUGAUCUAAACAAGAAUUAGCGGAUAAAGACUAAAAUGGUCUGCCUGCAGAAUUUGCAAUGGAAGGCUAAGGAGCUCUUGAUCGAACCUUUCUACCUCCUCACAAUCAAUCUCUUGACCCUCUUGCUUCCCCUCUCGUUUCUCCUUUUGGCUAGGGUCUCGUGUGCCCACUAUCUCUUAGCUUCUUAUGCCACACGGCCACUCUCUUCUCUUUUCUUCCCUUUUUUUCUCUACACAAGCCCAACAGUUCUCUAUAUUCUUGUUUCAACUAUUAGCAUAGCAACUCUCAUUCAUGGGUUGACAGGUAAACUUGCAAUUCUAAGUGAGUCGCCGGGCGCAGUUUAUCAACCUCGUUUGUACACAGCCUGGAUUCUGCUUUGCACGUCACAAAUUUGUGUUGGAUUGGGGAUUGAAGGCAGCAUAUCAGUUGGAGUUGAUGGGUCUAGUUUUGGUAAUGAGAGGAGUUUGUUCAGUAGAGUAAUAUUUUUCUUGGGUUUGCACGAAACGAUGCUACUUUGGUUCAGAACGGUGGUGAAGGCAGUGGUUGAUGACACAAUUUUUGGGGUUUCAAAAGAGGAGAGAUGGGUGGAGAGGGUCAGCAUGGCUUUGACUCAUGGUGUCUUUUGGUGGGGGAAGUUGAGAGAUGAGGUGGAAUCUCUGGCGGUUGUGGCUGAGGCUAAAAAAGAGGCGUUAAUGAGUGUAGGGGUGGCUGACUUUGUUGGCUGGUGGCUGUAUUACCUGACCGUCACUAUUGGGAUGGUUAGGCUUGUCAAGGGGCUACUUUGGCUUGGAAUGAUUUUGCUUUGUAAGAUGGUGAAAAGAAAUUCUGUUACUCACCCUUGCGAUGUUGAAGACAAGGUCUGAACAACUAUCCCUCUGAUACUUCUGUAAUUUUCUUUUUAAUUAUCGUUCUGGUCAACAAUUAUAUUGUAUUCUUUCACCUGUAAACUUGCACCAAACGUAUAUUAUUGGGGAAGAUUUCAUCGAUCUUUAUAAUGGUCUUGCCUAUUUGUAACAUAGCAUUGCUUUUAUAUAGAAGGAGCUUGAGAUUAAAAAAGAA